CUCCCCGCCGCCCCGGAAGCGGAGCCUGUGCGGCGGAAGCGCCGCCGUGGAGCCGCCGCCUCCUCGCCGCCUCGCCCUCUGGGCGUUGGGUAUCCAGACCGUGGCGUCACCGAGUCGCCCUGAUGAUCCCGGACUGGCGGCGGCGGCGGCAGAGGCGGCGAGAGGAUGACCUCUACCCGGGAGCGGGGUGCCGACUGGGCCCGAUUCUACACGGUCACCGAGCCCCAGCGACACCCGCGGGGCUACACUGUGUAUAAGGUCACCGCCCGGGUUGUUUCACGAAGAAAUCCAGAGGAUGUCCAGGAGAUAAUUGUUUGGAAGAGAUACAGUGAUUUUAAGAAACUGCAUAAAGAGCUGUGGCAAAUUCAUAAAAACUUGUUUCGACAUUCGGAGUUAUUUCCUCCAUUUGCAAAAGGAAUAGUGUUUGGACGGUUUGAUAAAACUGUUAUUGAAGAGAGAAGACAGUGUGCCGAAGACCUGCUCCAGUUUUCUGCCAAUAUUUCUGCCCUUUACAACAGUAAACAACUUGAAGAUUUUUUCAAGGGUGGAAUAAUUAAUGAUGGUUCUGAGUUAAUUGGUCCUGCUGAAGUUUACCCUGAUUCCCUCACUGAUACCUUUCCUGAGUGCAGCACGGAAGGCUUCUCCAGCGACAGUGACCUGGUGUCUCUUACUGUUGAUGUGGAUUCUCUUGCUGAGUUAGAUGAUGGAAUGGCUUCCAAUCAAAAUUCUCCCAUUAGAACUUCUGGUCUCCAUCUUCCUUCGGAUUCUUCAGCACUAGGGGCUGUUGCUUCUGACAGCGAGCAGAGUAAAACUGAAGAAGAACGGGAAAGCCGUAGCCGCUUUCCUGGCAGUUUAAAACCCAGGCUUGGCAAGCGAGAUUAUUUGGACAAAGCAGGAGAAUUAAUAAAGCUAGCUUUGAAAAAAGAAGAAGAAGACGACUAUGAAGCUGCUUCGGAGUUUUAUAGGAAAGGAGUUGAUUUACUCCUAGAAGGCGUUCAAGGUGAGUCAAGCCCCACGCGCCGGGAAGCCGUGAAGAGAAGAACAGCGGAGUAUCUCAUGCGCGCAGAAAGCGUCUCCAGCCUCUCCCGGAAGCCUCAGCUGGAUGAGCUCUCUCAGCCUCCAGGAUCACUAAGUUCAAGGCCCCCUUGGAGCCUAAGGAGCCCUGCCGAGGAGCUGAAGGCCUUCAGAGUCCUUGGGGUGAUUGACAAGGUGUUACUUGUAAUGGACACGAGGACUGAACAGACCUUCAUUUUAAAAGGUCUAAGGAAAAGCAGCGAGUACAGCAGGAACAGAAAGACCAUCAUCCCCCGCUGCGUGCCCAACAUGGUGUGUCUGCACAAGUACAUCAUCUCGGAGGACUCGGUGUUUCUGCUGCUGCAGCAUGCGGAAGGUGGCAAACUCUGGUCCUAUGUUAGUAAGUUUCUAAACAGAAGCCCUGAAGAGAGCCUUGAGAUCAAGGGAGUGAGAAAAUCUACACUCACCAAAGUCCACUUGCAGCAGCCAGCUGCCAGUCCACAGGACAGCAGCAGCCUUGAUUCAAGAGGAAGUGAUGGUGGCAGUGUGCUUAAAGCCCUUCCUUUGAAGAGCAGCCUCACUCCAAGUUCUCAGGAUGACAGCAACCAGGAAGAUGAGGGCCAAGAUAGCUCUCCCAAGUGGCCUGACUCCGGUUCCAGUUCCGAAGAGGAAUGCACCACGAGCUAUUUAACUUUAUGCAACGAGUAUGGGCAAGAAAAGAUUGAACCAGGAUCUCUGAGUGAGGAGCCCUUCAUGAAGACAGAAGGGAGCGGUGUGGACACCAAAGCUGUCAAGAGUUUCCCAGCCCACCAGGAGGCUGGCAGAGACAGCCCCGGCACACAGCUGAUGACUCAUGAGCUCAAGUCCCACCUUGGCGAUGAAGACCCGAAGGCAGGCAGUCCUGCAGGAACAUCUGAUUCCCUUAGUAGAUCGAAAAAUAGCCCCAUGGAGUUCUUUAGGAUAGAUAGCAAGGACAGCGCAAGUGAACUCCUGGGACUGGAUUUUGGAGAAAAAUUGUAUAGUCUAAAAUCAGAACCUUUGAAACCAUUCUUUGCUCUUCCGGAGGGCAACAGCACUUCAAGGAGUUUUGAGACUAGUGAGAACAAGGUUGGGUUCGAAGCUCAGGACACCGUUAGCAGGGGCUCAGACGACUCAGUGCCUGUGAUUUCGUUUCAAGAUGUUGCUUUUGAUGCCAUCAGUGGCCCCGACGAAGGCAGGCCUGAUCUUCUCGUGAAUCUGCCUGGUGAGCUGGAGGCAACAAAAGCAGCCGCAGCCCUGGGACCUACUCCAUUUCCACAGACUGCUCCAGGCAUCCUGGAAAGCAAACUCUUGGAAGCCCCCGAUGUUUUAUGCCUGAGACUGAGUUCCGAACAAUGCCAAGUACAUGAAGGACAAGGCUCAGAUGAGUGGAGUGAGCCCCAGAGUAGAGCAGAGAAACACUACGCACAGGAGAAUCUCGGGAGCUUAUUUGUCACGGCUGUUGAUCAGAGCAGUCCGGGAGACCUGGCUUGGUUACAGAGCGCAGGGCCGGAGCUUCAAGAUCUUGGAGGGCCAGAGCCUGCCACCGCCCCAGACAACACAGAAGAGAACUUAUUCUAUAUUUCUAACUCACUCUCAGGUGCUAAUGACUACGAUACAAACACAGACUCUUUCAAAACAGAAGAAGUGUUGCUAUUUUCAGAUCAGACUGAUGAUUUGGCUAAAGAAGAAGCUACUGCUUUAUUCCAGAAAGAUUCCAAGGUUAAGGGAGAAAGUGGGGUUGCACUAGACGGAGACAAGGAAAUACAUCAGAUUUUUGAGGACCUUGACAAAAAAUUAGCAGUAAACUCCAGGUUUUCUAUGCCAGAGGGCUGCAUUCAGAGAUGGGCAGCUGAAAUGGUGGUAGCCCUCGAUGCUUUGCAUAGAGAGGGAAUUGUGUGCCGCGAUUUGAACCCAAACAACAUCUUAUUGAAUGAUAGAGGACACAUUCAGCUAACGUAUUUUAGCAGGUGGAGUGAGGUUGAAGAUUCCUGUGACAGCGAUGCCAUAGAGAGAAUGUACUGUGCCCCAGAGGUUGGAGCGAUCACGGAAGAAACGGAAGCCUGUGAUUGGUGGAGUUUGGGUGCUGUCCUCUUUGAACUUCUCACUGGCAAGACUCUGGUAGAGUGCCAUCCAGCGGGAAUAAACACACAUACUACCUUGAACAUGCCAGAAUGUGUUUCUGAAGAGGCUCGCUCACUCAUUCAACAGCUCCUUGCUUUGUUCUUAGAUUUCAUCAUCCCCUGUACUCAUGGUUCAUUUGUCUGUCCCAGUCAAAUUGUUGGUCUCAAUUGCCUCUUGUGCUUGACUGCGUUUUGCUUGUGAGCUUUGUAUCCCAAGAACCAAAUGAUAUCAACCAAAUGCAGCUGAAUGGCAGUCCCAUUGUUUGAUUUAUAGGGAUGAGGUUCCUGGAUUUGAACUCCUGAUUUACUUGACAUUUUUCUUAGGGGGAAUGAGUAGUCACACAUCUCCAAACAUUUGUAUUUGCUAUUUGCUUAUGUUGCUAAAGAAAUUACAAAAACUUGUAAAAUAUUUAAAAUGCCAAUGCCUGUUUUUUAAACUUAAUCUAAAGCAAGUCACUCUUUCAAACUUAGAAAUCAACAGAAAAAAUUGAAAUUCUCUGUAUGUUUUCAUCUUUGUAUUUUCAAAAUCUGUCCAAGAAAGAACCCACACCUCUCCAAGAGCAUCUGCACAGCUUCCAUCUGCCACAGAGCAGCUCCUUGCACCAGAUGAAAUGGAAACAGAAAAGCUUUAGUGAAACAAAGGAAAUGUGCAAGCAUUUUUCCUUUUUCUAUUAUUUGGUUCCCUGUUUUCCUUUUUGGUCCCCUUGUAACCCGAACCCCAGCUGAAGGGCUGCAACAACACCAGGUUGGGAAGCAGGUCACCACUCAAUCAAGAUGACAUCACUCCCUGGAACUGGAUUUCAACUCCUCAUCAUCCUCUGCCCUCAUAACAGGAACUUGUGCAGGUGAGACCUAAGAAUGACUUCCUGUGUAGAUCUAGUAGGAAGUCUGCAAGUGCUUAGAAUGGGCCAUUACAGAACUUCCUUCCAGAAGUGCCCUCUGACAUACAGUAGGACUUUACAACGCAGGUGAAUGUCCCUGCCUGACCAUGUGAUCUGGGUCCCUUGUAUUCACAGGAGUAAUGUCAACACACAUUUGUGAGGUCAGUCUUUGACUGCAGUUCCAUUGCUUUGAUUUCUCCCUUUUCUCUGUAUGUUUGAUUGGAGCCUUUGUUUAAUAUAAACAGCACUGUUCACAA